GCUCAGCGAUGUUCAGAAAUGCUUCUUUAUGCCCCUAUCAAAGACAAAAAGACCAUCGGACCUUUACAGCUGCAACAGCUGCAACAAAGAUAACGCUUUUGUGUAAUGCAGAGUUCGAGACUGGAUUGCUCUCUCACAGCUUUUGCGGUAGCAAAGUUCGAUUUGAUGGUUGUCUGAACAACAAGUAUCAACGGAUAACGUAGUAGCAGUCCAUUUUGCGUAAAAUGACGUAUCAGAAAUCAUCGCUUUGACGACCCGUUUAUAUCUUAGCAUUCUUACACACAAUGCUGAUCAACAAUUGUGUACAGGAAUUCAUAGUAUCAUGUCAAAUUAUAUAAAAGCAGGUAAAAAAGUGCUUUACGUUUUGCUUCUGAAUCCUCAUCUUUUUCACCGACUAAACAUGGCUUCCUUUAAAGCAAUCUUUUCAUUGAUCUUGUUGAUCGCAACAUACAGCUUUGUUACGCUGAUCGAUCAGACAAUAGCAGCAUCUACCAAUCCAUCUCAAGCGUCUCAAGCUUUACAUAAGGAGGCUGAUAAACAUGCAGCUUUAGCAGAAUAUAAUCGUCUUGCUUCUGGUUAUGAUGGAAUCAAAUCAUGGAGACCUUUGCGUAAGGAAUGGGCUAACGAACAUCAUAAUAAAGCUAUUGAAGUCCGUAAAAAGGCUCAAAAAGUUGAAAACUUGGGUAGACAGUUGGAAACAAACACGGUCGCUGGCAAUGCAAGCCCUCCACGAGGUCGUACUCGUAGCCAAUCCAAGCAGGUGGCAGCCCCAUAAGCUCAGCUGAACCGCUUUUUGUGAUAGCUGAUUCUCGUUAUGCACUCUUUUCAUGAUAUGUUUCACGCCUUUUCUUUAUCGUUCUAUUCGUAUAUGACUCCGCCACGAGCCUUACAAUUAUUAUCGAUAGCACUCUUAUUCACCUCUUGCCAUCUUAAAAGAUCACGUAUUUAUUCCUAUCAUGCUGAAGUAGACGUUACAUCCCACUGUCAAACCGACAAUAGCACAGCUUCUGCUUGUUUGAGGGUGACUGACACUGUUCCAUCUCUGUUCACUUUGAUUUUUUCUGCUUUUGGUGCUGCUCCCAGUGUACCUGUUUUUGUGUCAAACGUUUGACCAGAAACAUUGACUAAGCUCUUGGCGUUUGUGCCUGGAGCCUGCAAGCGAAGGAGGUUCACAAUUGAGUUUUGCUUCCAUGAUGUUUGGAUGUUGAAUUGUUUACUUGGUCGAUUGCCUGGACUUGAACUAUGAG